UUUCCUGUACACUGUGUGUGUUUGGAGUUUGACCGCACAGGGACAACAGUGCGCAGGCAGAUCCCACAAAAGCGAAAGGGAAGAAUGACUUGGGACACCGAAUAACAAAGAAACUGAGAUAGAUCUCGAAACCUUUUCACUCGGUGGAUUUAAAAAAAACCCGAUGUGUUCGUGGUAAAGCCAUGGACCCAUCACUGACUGGCAACGCAUCCGCCCCAAAACCCAUCUCCUCGUCUCCCACCACCCUCAGGGCUGGCCUCUCCUCACCCAGUCCAUCUGCUACCACAACCGCAUCGACCUCAGACCGGCCAAAGCCUAAACUCACCAUGCCUACACCUCCGGCCACACCCUCACCUUCUCCCUUCACCGCCUCCCCUCGGACGUCUCCAGGUCUUUCUACCCGCUCGUCCUCCCUGUCCACGCCGCCCACCUCACCCCUCCGCCAGCCCAUCAGGAGCCUCUCUCAGCCGGGCAGAUCUCAGCUCAACGCAGCCUCUACAGGGAAUCCUCCGCCUCCUCCUCCCACACCUGAGCCAGAGGAGCCAGAGGAGGAGGUCAGUUUUGAAGAUCUGGAGGAGAGAGCAAAGUCAGGAGAUGCUAAAGCACAAACCAAGAUGGGACGUUAUUUCCUGGCCCUGGCAGAAGAAAGGGAUGAGGAGCUGAACAACUGCACAGCGGUCACUUGGCUGGUCCAGGCUGCUAAACAAGGCCGCAAGGACGCCGUCAAACUGCUGCAGCAGUGCUUAGCCUCCAGGAAAGGCAUCACUUUGGAGAACUUUGAGGAGGUGAAGAGGUUGUGCACAGAGACGCGUUUCGAGAGGGGAGUCAGGAAAGCGGCUCUGCUCAUGUACUGGAAGUUGAAUCCAGAGAGGAAGAAGUCGGUGGCCAUUUCUGAGAUGCUGGAGAACGUUGAACACGUCCACACAGAGCCAGGGAAACCAGUCUCCCCUGGUCCCCUUAACAGCUCUGCCAAGAAACAGAGGAGAGUCCUGGAAACAAUGGUCACCUGCGAGGCCACUUCCCAUGUCGGCCUUGAUGAUUUUGUCGAGAUGACUAAGAAGUACGCUCAGGGUAUUGCGCCCUCACCGAUCAUGGCCGCCGCAGGAGGCGACGAUGAUGACGACGAUGACGAUGUAGUAGUGAAGAAUCCGGAUGAGCUGCCCCUGCACCAGAAGCUGCUGAAGUUCCCCCUGUACGCUCUGCUGGAGAUCAAGGAGCACCUCAUCGACUGGGCGUCUCGGGCCGGCAUGCAGUGGCUCAGCGCCCUGAUCCCCACCCACCACGUCAACGCGCUCAUCUUCUUCUUCAUCAUCUCCAACCUCACUAUCGAGUUCUUCAUCUUCCUCAUCCCUCUGCUGGUUUUCUACCUCUCGUUCUUCUCCAUGGUCAUCUGCACGCUGCGGGUAUUUCAGAAUUCAAAAGCAUGGGAAAACUUCCGGGCACUGACAGACCUGCUGGCUCACUUUGAACCCGGUCUCGAUCUGGAGCAGGCUGAGACCAACUUCGGAUGGACACACUUAGAGCCCUAUCUGUACUUCCUGCUGUCUGUGGUCUUUGUGGUUUUCUCCUUCCCUGUUGCCGAUAAAUCCUGGAUCCCCUGCUCUGAGCUGGCUGCCAUCGCUCUCUUCUUUACCGUCACCGCCUUCCUCAGCCUCCACGCCUCCGCUCAGCUCUUUGCUCGUAAAGCCCUGGUCACAGAGGUCCUCUCCGGUGCCUGUUCUCUCACUCACCUCCUGCCAGACUCCCUCUGGUUCCUGAGGGUCUUUGGACUGACGUUCGUCACUGUGCCUCUAGGAGACAUUGUGGUGUUAAACCUGGGGGUGCCCUGUCUGCUUUAUGGGCAUCUUUUCUAUCUCUUGUUCCGUAUGGCCCAGCUGAGAGGUUUCAAGGGCACCUACCUGUGCCUGGUGCCCUACCUGGUCUGCUUCACCUGGUGUGAGCUCUGCUUGGUGUUCCUCAAUAACGCCUCAGCAAUCGGCCUCAUCCGCACCUGUGUGGGCUACUUCCUCUUCCUGUUUGCUCUUCCUAUACUAUCGCUGGGCCUGGCCGCGAUGCUCAUCAUCCAGCUGCUGCAGUGGUUCCUCGCCCUGGAGCUGACCAAGAUGGUGGUCACGCUGACGGUUUGCUUCGUGCCAGUCGUGCUGAGGCUUUGGACACGCUUCAGCCUCAACCCCAUCGCUGUUUUCCGGUCUCUGUCGCGGAGCAGCAUCGUCAAGCUCAUCCUGGUGUGGCUCAGCGCGGUGGUGCUCUUCUGCUGGAUGUACGUCUACAGGUCUGAGGGCAUGAAGGUGUACAACUCCACCCUGACGUGGCCCGAGUACAGCAACCUCUGUGGUCCUCUGGCAUGGAAAGAGUCCAACAUGGCUCAAACUCAGAUUCUGUGCUCUCACCUCGAAGGGCAUCGCGUCACCUGGACCGGACGCUUCAAAUACGUCCGCGUGACCGACAUCGAGAAUGGGCCGCAGUCAGUCAUCAACCUGCUGCCUGUGUUUGUGGGGAACUGGAUGCGGUGCCUGUACGGUGAGCCGUAUCCUUUGUGUGAGGCCAAAAACGCCACAGCCGAGCCCCAGCCUCUGCCCGCUCCGGCUCCUCCUCCUGAGGACCCCCUCUGUAAACUCAAAAAACUAGCCAAGCACGAAUGCCACAUCAAACGUUUCGAUAGGUACAAAUUUGAAGUCACAAUGGGCAUGCCGCUGGAGAGAAAGACCAAAGACGGGACGAUCGUGGAAGACGAAGACGCGACCAAGGACAUAGUUCUGCGAGCCAGCAAUGAGUUCAAGUCUGUGCUGUUGCACUUAAACACGGGAAGCCUGGUGGAGUUUAGCACCAUACUAGAGGGACGUUUAGGCUCCAAAUGGCCUGUGUUUGAACUAAAAGCCAUUCACUGCUUGUCAUGCGGCGGCACCAGCGUGCCCAGCCGCAGGCAGUAUAAGAUCGAACAUGACUGGAGGCGCACGGCUCAGAGUGCCCUGCAGUUUGGGUUUGACUUCUUCUUCAACCCGUUCCUGACCGCUCAGCUAGAGCCACACUCAGACACAGAGACUGAAAUAGAGACUGUGACACAGGAUGGGGGGUAGAGGGAAAGAGAUCUGACAGACACAACUCUGGGAGAAAUGUAAAAUUGAUGCUAAGAUGUGUGAUAAUAUGUGCGUAAUACUAUCUCCAGUGGAAGAACAUUAAUGACUGUGUACCUCUGGUUUUAACAGAAUCUAACUGCAAUAUGUUUGAGUUGUGUUUGUUAGAGUUGGAGAGGAGCAGAUACUCAAACAUUUACGGUAUCUGCACUGAGCGAGUGUGUUUGCAUUCUUAUAGCUUUUGAGCCAAAAUGUGUGAGAGUACAUAAUAUAAUGACAAUGAAAUUUACAAAGGGGAGAAGCACAAACUCAUGAGCUUUUUAUGUAAUUUACUGCCCAACACUAAUGUUAGAAAACCACGAUCCAAACCUCCUCAGCUGGAGUCAGUUUUUCAUUUCCUAUAUACAUUUCAUCCCAUAUCAGCUGCCCUGUGUUCACCACAGUGAGCCUACAAAUGAAGUAAUUUUAACUUUCUUUGUUUGCUACACAAACACUACAUCUGCUGCAGCCAGUUUUAUGUAUGUUGGUCAAUAUCAUGACAUAUUUUGUGGCCAAAUUGAUUGUCAGUAUUUACAUUUUACAGUGAAUUUAUUGAACUGUGCACUCACUUUCUUGUGUCUGUGGCCUGCAAAUCACCUUUUGAAAGUGUACAGUAGUGCACAUGUUCAGUGUGUAAUUUGGAAGUGGUUGUUAUUGGAAAAGUGCCUUAUAACACAUAGUCUCAGUUCAGUAAUAUUUUUUAGUGAACAGGGUAAACUGUGUCUUUAAGCUUUUACCUUUAAAAAGUUCACCUGCGUCUUACAGAGCAGUUAUCCAUGUUUACCUCUGCCCUCUCUGUUCUCAUGUAUCUUACUGUUUGUCUCCAUCUCUGCUGUGCAGGGAUUUAAUGUGUCGAGCAUUGCAGCGCUGAGUGAUGACGUGUUUUAAAAUAGGAUGUCACUACUGUUUUCUAUACUGUGACCCAUAAAUAUGUUGAAAACA